GAUGGCGGUGCAUCCAGAGGCCCGUAUUGCCUCGCCAUAGGGCUAUUGCUAGACGGCCGAAAAGAUGCUUCGUCAUGUCAAUCGGAUCGGUGGAGUUCAGCCGCUGACCCAAUGCUCGACCUAUUGAACGGAUGGUAGCAAUGGCGUCAGGGUACCAACCUCCUAGUGUCUCCACAACAAUAGGGAGGAAGUCCACACCAGCCGCUCGACAGGAUGGAUGCUCAGAUGACGGAAAACUCAAGGAUUAGUUUGUUAAGUGACUAGCUCAAGAACCUGACAUUGGCACU